UCCAAAGAAUUGGAACUUCAGAAUGUCACUCACUGCUUUUGAAUUGAUUUUGAUCAUAUUAUAGAAAGCUUUGCACUCAAAUUGUUUUAGUUUGAUUAUCGAAUUCAAUAUCCUUUUAAUACAUCGAACGAACACAAUUGAUAGAUCUGUUAUUGCAUUUGGUCAUGUGAUAGUAAUCGACGUAAUUUUAGUAAUACCUUGUGCAGUUCCUUCCUUUGGUUUUUAUUUUUAUUUUUCUCUGUAACAUGGCAUAGUUGAUAACAUGACACGUCUUCUCCAGUUUCUUAAAUGUAUGCAUAACUGAAAGUAACUAAUUUUAUGAAAUACAACAUCUAUUUUUACGGGAUAAUAUUUAUUAACAAAUAACUAAAAGGAUUGAGUCAAGACUGACAUCCCUGUGUGUGUGAUCGGAAUUCGAAUUUCUCUGCGUCCGGACUCCGUCGAUCCGUCUCCAACAUGAGCAGUGGGGAGCUCCUCAACAUCGAACCUCUCAAACUCAAGUUCCCCUUUGAACUGAAGAAGCAGAUCUCAUGUUCUCUUCAAUUGUCUAAUAAGACCGAUGCUUAUGUCGCCUUCAAGGUGAAAACAACCAAUCCGAAGAAGUAUUGGGUUCGUCCGAACACUGGAAUUGUCAUGCCGCGAUCUACUUGUGAUGUUAUCGUUACCAUGCAAGCACAAAAAGAGGCUCCGCCUGAUAUGCAAUGCAAGGAUAAGUUUCUUCUUCAGAUCGUAAAAACUGUUGAUGGUGCUAGUACGAAGGACAUCACUCCGGAAAUGUUCAACAAGGAGUCGGGGCAUGUGGUCGAGGAGAGAAAAUUGAGAGUGGUGUAUGUUUCUCCUCCUCAAGACAAAUUGGCAGAGGAGCUACUGAAGCGGGAAGGCAACAAAAGUCGUGGAGGUAUCAUAUGUCAUUAUUGGCUUAUUAAUUGGCUUCCUUGGCAUAAUAAUGGGGUACCUCUUGAAGAAGACCUAAGCAGUUCUGUGCUUCAAUUUGAUCGUAGUUUCUUUGUUCCUGACUUUCAAGCAAUUAUGAGAAAAGUGAAAAUAGAGUAAUUCUGCAGAUGUUGAUUUUUCUUUUUCUUUUUCCUGUUUCUUCUCUUUUUUUUUUUUGGGGGGGGGGGGGGGGGGGGGGGGGGGGGGGGGCGCGAGGGGGGGGAUAACAUUUUUGGAGUAGAAAACAUUAGGGAAGUUGUGGGUCUGUGAUUAGUCUGAUUGUGAACUGACUCAUACUUUCGGUAACAUGCAUUCUUUUUGUAACUUACCUUUCGUGGUUCAUCUAUAGUGACUAAAUGAUAAUGUCAAGUUGUCAACUAUAACCACGAAAAGAGUAGACACAAAUGUGAAAGUGACAAGUUUAACAUAUUUGCAAUGAAUAAAUUAUUCUUUUCAUCUC